AUGAUUCUUUCAAUAUGCGACGAGUCAGGAAGAUUAUCGAAGGGUUUAUGUUUGGUGGCGGAACACGGAGCAUUGGGAACUUUAGGAAAAACAAGAAUAGUGGACGACGUAGCUUACAUAGGAAAGCCUAGCCGAUUAUUCGAUGACUCGGACGAACAGUACACAGCCGGAAUAAUUCCUGUCCCAAGACCCAUUCAUUUGCCAUUGAAGAGUCUUUCACUAAAAGUACUUGGACUCGCAGCGGGAAGAGCUCACUCUUUAAUUUUAACCAGUGAGGGAGUUUUCACGUUGGGCAACAACGGUUAUGGACAAUGCGGAAGGCCCAUUAUAGGAAACGAAGAAUAUGCGCAGAGUCGAGUUGUCCAUCAUAUUCCUAACGUCAAAGGUGAAAACAUAACUGGCGUUGCUGCCAGCCAGGAUCAUAGCAUUCUUUUAACAGAAAAGGGUAGAGUUUACACUUUUGGUUGGGGCGCCGACGGCCAAACUGCUCUGGCUCACUACAAAAAUGAAUGGCAACCGUCCCUGGUCAAAGGUGAUCUGACUGACAAGGGAAAAGUCUUUGGCUGGGGCAACUCGGAAUAUGGACAACUUCCAGGCAAAGGCGAUAAUCACGAAAUCAAUAUCGCCACAGAAUUAGUGAUUCCUUCGGAAGUUGGGCACGUUGUUGACAUCGCUGCUGGUGGCAGUUUUUGCAUGCUCUUGAACAGCACUGGCAAUGUCUACGUUUGGGGCUACGGCAUUCUCGGAUUCGGACCUGAAGUUCUGACGGUUGACAAACCUACUCUCAUUCCUCCCACCCUCUUCGGUGCCAACCCCUACGACAAAAAUCUUAAGGUUUCGAAGAUCUGCUGCGGUAUCAGCCACCUCGGAGCUGUGACCAACACGGGCGAUCUCUACAUGUGGGGUAGAAACAAAUUCGGUUUCCUGGGCCUCGGUAAUCGAAAUGAUCAAUUUUUCCCUCUGAAGGUCGCAAUCGGAGCGCAGGUGAAAAGAGUUGCCUGCAGAGUCGACCACACAGUGACGCUGUGUAAACCCUUCAUUUGAAUAAAUUGUGGAAAAUUAUGAAAAUGAAAACAAGCAAACCCCAGAAGAAAACGUAAUUAAUAUUUUACGUUAGAACUUUAAACGAAUCAGUGAAACUCGAUUCCCCUGUAAAUAUCAGAAAAAAUAAAAAUGUAAUUUGCGAACGAAUAAAGAGAGAAAAUUUUCCAAAAAAAAUCUGAACAAUUACAUUUU